UUUCUUUGAGUAACUUUUGAAGUAGUAGCUUCUCUUUGAGGGUUUUUCAUCCCUGUAUAGAAUAUUAUUUUGAAAGGAAACCACCAUGAAUCGAAGUAAUAACAACGACUGUCGUGUUUAUGUUGGAAAUUUGCCUCAAGACGUCAGAGAAAAAGAUCUUGAAGGUGUAUUUUAUAAGUAUGGCCACAUCGCUGACAUAGAUUUGAAAAACCGACGCGGAGGGCCACCGUUUGCCUUUGUAGAGUUCGAAGAUCCAAGGGAUGCUGAGGAUGCAGUGAGAGGGAAAGAUGGCUAUGAAUUUGAAGGGCACAGAAUUAGAGUAGAGUUCCCUCGAGGAAAAAGCGGCGGGGGAGGUGGUGGGGGUGGCAGAGGAAACUUUCAAAGCCGUGGCCGGGGGCCACCACCAAGAAGGUCAGACUUCCGUGUGCGUGUAACUGGUCUACCACCCACUGGCAGCUGGCAAGAUUUGAAAGACCACAUGCGAGAAGCUGGUGAAGUUUUGUUCACAGAUGUAUUUAAAGAUGGMACUGGUGUUGUCGAGUAUAAAACUCGUGAUGGUAUGAAAUAUGCCCUUAAGCAUAUGGACGAUUCAAAGUUCAAAUCUCAUGAGGGUGAAACCUCAUAUGUCCGUGUCAAGGCAGAUCAAAUGUCAUACAGCAGAUCUCGAUCAAGAAGCUACUCKCCAAGAAGAUCCUUCAGUAAAUCUCCUUCGCGCUCAAGAUCUAGAUCAAGAAGCCCUGCAAGAAGACCAAUGAGAUCAUAUUCAAGAUCCCCAAAGAGAUCUCCAAGUCCAAGAAGAUCAGYGAGCCCAAGGCAGUCAAGAUCACGUUCAAGCAGUAGAUCCUAACAAGUUUCUAAACAAAUAACAGUGUGAAUUACUGUUUUGUUCYGUCUAUCACAAAAAUGCUUGUAGAGUAUAGUGAUACAUGCAAUUUUUACUUGUAUUAUAGUCACACAUUAUCCUUUUUAUUCCUAACGUACUAGUCAAAGAUACAAA